AUGUCUCCUCAAUGGGCAGUUACUUCUCGCCUUCCCUUGCUGUUCCUCUUUCUCUUCAUCCUAUCCUCCACCCAAUGGCUUUCCCUGCCGGAGCUACGUCCCCUAUGGCAGAAAUUCCCAGAGGAACCUCAACCUUCCUUGCUGUCGCGGGAGGAGCAGACGAUGAGGUCGGGACUGACGGCUGCAAGGACGCGGCUCCAGCAGGAGAGGAUCGACUCUGUGAGGGCUCCUACAGCUGGAGCUUUCCUGCCCGUAAGGCAGGCCCACCUGAGAGAUAGCCAGGGAGUUGCCAACUCCAGCAGCGAUGCCCUGGCAGGGCAGGUAGCUCUCUCCCCAACUGUCAGCAACCCCCCGCUGCUGAAGAGGGUCCUGCAAGAGGUGAAUCGCAGCAGCGAUUCUCCUGCGUCACCAGCAGUGACGGUUGGGAAUCAUUCGUUGCAGCCGCUACAGGCAGCAGCAGAGCCCCGCGCUCUCCCUCCCCUGGCGUCGGAGCGGUUUGCCAUCGUUACUCUGCUCGCUGUCCUGGAAACGCAGAGGACGAAAUACGCCGUGCUGGCCUGCUUGCUUGCUGACAGCAUCAACAAGUACAGGUCAGAGUGGAAGAAGCAGAGAAAGAACAUCGAUCUGGUACUGCUGGCCAAGAGCGACCCUUCCUUCGAUCGGUUCUCCGGCUUCUUUGAGCGCCAUGGCUUCAUCGUCAACAAGGUCCCUACCAUCAUCCCCAGGUGGGGUGUAGACACCAUUGAUCCGGUCUACAAGGAUCAGUUCAUGAAGUUCUGGGCCCUCAAGAUGACGCAGUACAGCAAGAUCCUCUUCGUAGAUGCUGACUCAGUCUUCUACAAGGAUCCUGCUCCUCUCUUCCUCAAGCUCCAGCACUUCACGGGCUGCCAAGCCAACGGCAUCAAGGCGUGGGUGGGGGCUGCUCGAUGUCUCAAUGGCGCACUCCUCUUCUUCAAGCCAUCCGAGGAACUUUUCCGUCGGCAUGUCGAGCAGCAGCAAGUGAUCCCCUCCACCUGUCGGCAUUCCUGGAUGGACGUUACAGAGAUGGGACCUCUCAAUGCUCAGAACUCAGCAUGGAUGCGGCCGCAGCCAGACAAGCUCGAUGCUGGCCUCUGCUUUGACCCCUACGCCUACUCCGUGCGCCUCCCUCCUCUCUACACCGACUUCAACUUGGAGGAGGAUAUGAUCCUCAUGCAUGGCAUGAAGUACACCAACCUCGACGAGCUUGCGGAGGAGAAGUGGUUCGUUGGCCCUGGCAUGCGCACCAAGGUGCUGCUCCCGUUCAGAGCUGAGUUCGAGAGAAAAGACGAGCUGUGGGCCUCAUACAAGCGGCUACACUAG